AUGCAUGGGUAUCGUCCACGAAGGAAGCCUCUCCUAAAGCCCAUGCACAAAAAAGCACGACUAGAAUAUGCUAGGGCCCAUGCUGAAAAAGAUGAAGACUACUGGGACUCUAUACUCUGGAGUGAUGAGACAAAGAUCACUGUUUUUGGAACUAAUGGUUUAAAAACUGUAUGGCGUCGUAAAGGUGAGGAUUUCAAAGAAAAAUGCAUGGUGCCUACAGUGAAACAUGGUGGUGGCAGUGUCUUUAUGUGGGGCUGCAUGAGUGCUGCUACUGUUGGGGAGCAGCAUUUCAUUGAUGGUAUCAUGAACUCAACAAUGUACUGCUCUAUACUGAAGGAGAAGAUGCUGCCAUCACUCCGUGCACUUGGUCGUCGUGCACUUUUCCAACACGACAAUGAUCCAAAACACACAUCUAAAGCUACUGUUGCAUUUCUGAAGAAGAACCGGGUGAAGGUGAUUGAAUGGCCAAGUAUGUCUCCUGAUCUGAACCCAGUCGAACACCUGUGGGGAAUUCUGAAGCGACAAGUUGAGAAUCACUCUCCAUCCAGCAUCCAGGCUCUAAAAGAGGUUAUUCUUGAAGAACGGAAAAAAGUUGCAAUACGUCGCCAACUUGUUCGUUCCAUGCCUAGAAGACUUGGUCAGCAGGGUUUUACUAAAGGAUGUGCAUCCAAAUCUACCUGUGAUCAAGACUUUGGAGUGAAUUCAGAACCUAAUGACAACUUCUCGUGUUGUGAGGGGAACCUGUGUAACGGUGCUCAGAGCGUCUCUCAGAGCUUCCUGUUCCUCUGCUGUUCUCUGCUCUCCUUCAUCCUGCUGCACUGA